AGAUGCGAGUGGAGAGUCGUCGGGGUGGGGGGAGAAAGGAAUAGGGGUGCGCAAGGGAGAGGCAGCACGUGCACUGCGCAGAUUGCAGGGAUUGGGCCGCGUUGCCCGGGACACGGGGUGGGCUUUUACGCGCACCCCACGGGAGUGGGAGUGGGUGCGCGCCCGCGCGGGGAGCCCCGAUUGUGCGGGCUGGGGGGUUGUGCGUGCGCGGAGCUGACAGGAGCGGUUUGCACUUCACGCGCGCGCCAGGCUCGGGGAGUGACCCGGGUGAACAGUUGCGCACCGGUGUGGCUCAGUGACAAGUGUGCACACCUCCAGCCUUGUGGGGUUGAAGACAGAGCUCGGGAUGGAGGGCAGUUUUCAUAACCAGGGAUGCCUUUCCUUUCGUGACCAGGCCUAAUUUUUCUUUGAAAGCGAGGAGUGGGGUGAGAGUUGCCAAACCUCAGGCAACCUACUGAUAGUCUUCUCCUACUUUGCAAGUUGCUUUCACUAAAUAUUUGAGCAGAUCUCAACACCACCCACAUACUUUCAGCUGAGAAAUUGAUAAAAAGGUUCACCUCAAACUGGACAUCAUUGACAAAAGGAGGAUGUGAAAGCCAGCCUGCCAGUUGACUCCCUGUGCCACUUGCUUAGUUGUGUGACCUUGAAAUGGAACAGCAGAGGGGGCUCCUGUUACUAUUUCUGGGGGCACAGCUGCUGCUUAUGGGGGCAUUCCUCCACCAGAGCCACAACCGCCACAGCCUCGCCUUCUUGCACAUCCUGAUACGGGACAGGCCAAUGGUGGGAGAAGAGUUGCCCUUUUUGGUCUCAGUCUCCUCUGCAGGGACCUCUUCCCAGGAUGUGUAUGCCAACCUCAGCCAGAUCCACCCUGUGGACGUUAGUGAAGAGCACCUGCCCAGCUGCCCCCUCAUUUCACCCUACAUCAAUGGCCCCUUGAAGGUGAUGAUCCCAGAGAACUUGACGAUGGAGCAGGUGCUGGAAAAGAACCCGCUGGUGGAGCUGGGAGGCCAGUACUGGCCGCCUGACUGCUGGACACGGCACCACACAGCAGUUGUGGUGCCCUGCUAUGGGCAAGACCAGCACCUGCGGCACUUGCUCUUCCACCUGCACCCCUUCCUGCAGCGCCAGCAACUGCACCAUGCCAUCUACGUGGUGAACCAGGUGCAGCCGGAAUGGGGAGGGCCAGAGGUGCACAACACCGCCUUCAGCCGGGGCAAACUGCACAAUGUGGGGUUCUGGGAGGCCAUGCAGGAGGAGGAAUGGGACUGUGUCUUUUUCCACGAUGUGAACCUCCUCCCAGAGGAUGACCGCAACCUCUACAUCUGCGACAUCUUUCCUGCUCAUGUGUCUGUGGCCAUUGACAAGUUCAACUACAAGCUACCCUACCAUGGCUACCUUGGGGGGGUGUUUGCCCUGCGCCCCAUUCACUACCUGAGGAUAAACGGCUUCCCCAACUCGUACUGGGCCUGGGAUCAUGAGGACCAUGACAUCGCUGCCGGGUGGGGGGCCCUGCUUGAGGAGCCUAGCACGGGGCUGCGGGCCCCUCCAUGGUGUGGGGGACAUAGGCCGCCAUGGCCUUUAGGGCUGGGUGUGGUAUAGGGACCCUGUCAGAGGCAGGCAUCUGGCCUCCCUGCCCU